AUGCGAGUCCGCUUUUAUUUUGUGGGCCUCUUCGCGCUGCUGUUCCUCUUCUCCGCGUACAUGGGCCUACUUCCACACAGCACCUCCGACACGAUCCCCGCCAACCUCCAACCCAACGACAAAUUCCUGCAUCUAGUCACUUUUUUCCUCCUGUCGAUAGCAUUCUACUGGAUCCCCGACACAUCUCGCCGCCGAGCUCUACAGAUUAGCCUCUUGGUAUGCACACUCUUGCUCGGCGUCGGGUCCGAGGUUCUGCAAGCGCUGCUCCCCAACGACCGCCUGUUCGACCCCUUUGACAUUGUUGCCAAUGUCGUCGGCAGUCUGGGCGGCAUUGGCCUCUGCGGCUGGUAUCAUCGACGCAUGAUGGAGCGCCGGCGCAAGGCUCGCUUCGACGCUCUCGCCGAGGGCGGCGGCGGUGUCGGGAACGGGGAUGACGAGGAUAUUGAGUUGGGUCUCAAUAAUAAUGACAGCAGCAGCAGUAAUAAUAAUAACAAAAAUGGCAUCGGUCCGCAAGAGACCGGUAUCACUUCUCUCGAACACGAAGUCGAUAACUGGGAUGAAAACGCCGUCGAUAAUUGGGAUACAGAGGACGGCCCCGGUCCGGCUGAAGAGGCUGAUCAUUCAACGACGAGAAAAUGA